AUGCGGGCUUUUCUUCCCCUCGCUUUUUCCCACCUUUUGGUCACUGUCUGGGCCGGAGGUUACCAGUCUGGCCUCGAACGUAUUUGGCUAUUCAAGGCCUACGAGAUUGACGGAUUCAAUGCCGAAGCAGACCGCACAAUUGGCAUGCGAUGCAACAAGUUCAAACCCAACCUCAAAACUCCAGCAUGCACGGAGGAAUGGAUUCCAUGUGUUGGUAGUAGACCCAACAAUCGAUGCGACUUCGACGAAUUCAUGGACUUCCUGCAGCAAGAUACUUCAACCGCCCCUCAAGACCCCAACAACCCUGCAGCACCCAAACCCCAAACAAAAUGGGGUGUGUUCCAAGGCGACAAACUGGAC